UCGGUUUCGGCCUUCGGCCUGCUUCGUGGAGGGCGGAUCGGGUGGACUUUCUCCGGCCGGCGAGGCCUCUGAUGUUGGAAUCGACACAGAGGACGUGAUUCCCUGUGAUUUCUAGUAGGUCCUACCACCAGCUCCGUCGCGAUCUGCGACCGUCAUGGCGGCUCCCUUCUUCGCCACCCCUUUCCAGCCCUAUGUCUACCAGAGUCAAGAAUCAGUAGUCACAGCUUUUCAGAUAUUGGGUGGAGAGUCUCAGAUUGUUCAGAUAAUGUUGAGAUUCCAAGAAAAGCUUAUUGCAAAGCCUGGUACAAUUUGCUACAUGUCUGGGUCAAUUCAAAUGGAGAACAAUUACAUUCCUGAAAAUGAAGCUGGAUUAUGGCAUUGGUUCUUUGGCAAAAAUGUGACGAGCAUAGUUCUUUCAAAUCCUAGUCAAGAAGAUGGAUUUGUAGGAAUAGCAGCACCAUCUCCUGCAAGAAUACUUCCGAUUGACUUGUCAAAUUUUGAUGGUGAACUACUUUGUCAGCCAGAUGCCUUCCUUUGCUCUGUCAAUGAUGUUAGACUUUCCAGUAAUGUUGAUCAAAGGCCUCACAAUAUUGAGGUUGGUGCAGAGGUGAUCCUCAAACAGAAGCUAGUAGGACAGGGCCUUGUGUUUCUUGUGGGAUGUGGAUCUGUUGUGCAGAAAAUUCUUGCUCCCGGAGAAGCAUUCAUAGUCGAUGUUAGCAGCAUCAUUGCUAUGUCAACCACUAUCACUUUUCAGCUGAAGCCCUCCAUCGCAAUGCGGAGGGUUGUGUUUGGGGGUGAUAACCAGUUGAUGACCACUCUAACAGGUCCUGGAGUUGUUUUUAUUCAGAGUAUGCCUUUCCCUCGGCUUUCUCAACGGAUUGCAAGAGCAGUCGCAUCUCCAAGCUUGAGGGAUAACCCAAAGUUCUUCAUGCAGAUCGCACUCAUCUUCUUCCUUGCCUAUGUCAUGAUUGUAUCAUCAUUAAUCUUGACAGAUGUUUAAUUUUUGAUAUCUGAUUUCUGCAAAUUUCUGACGUCGAUAGGAUUUUUUUGUUUCUCAUUUUGUUUCUGUAGAUGUUUUGAGAUGUUGAUUCAGUUGUGCUCAGGAUUUUUUUUUCUCCCUUUUUUAAUGCGAGAAAUAGAUGCUUCGUUACUCGUCUAAUUGAUUUGUCCAUGUUUUAUAUAUUGGUGCAGUGGAAACAAUAAAAAAUGGUAAUCAUUUUUA